GUGGCUGCGGGGCCGAUGCGGGCGCUGGGGCUCGGGGUGCUGCUGGCGCUGCUGCCGCCGCCCGCCCCGGCAGAGACCUUCAGCGCCAUGAGGAGCGUGCGGGCGGCGAUGGGCGCCGAGGGCCGCCUGCUCCGCCGGCUCCGCGCCUACCUGCGGGAGGAGAGCGCCCGCCUGCGCCGCCUGACCAGGUUCUAUGAGAAGGUCCAAGCGCUGCACCAGGACCCCCAGGCCUCGGUGGACAACCCCUUGUUGGCCUUCAGCCUCAUCAAGCGUCUCUACUCCGACUGGCCCAAUAUUGUCUACAGUGAUGAGGCCACCGAGAACACCCAGGCUCUCCACGAUGGCUUCCAGGAGGUGGAGCAGGAGCUGCCGGGAGCCGAGGACCUGGACGGGGCCGCGCGGGCGCUGAUGCGGCUGCAGGACGUGUACGGGCUCAGUGUCAAGGGCAUGGCCAACGGCGUCUUCCAGCGCGCCGGGGCUGCCCGCCCACCCCUCUACAGCCCCGGCCGGCGCGUGGCCCUCUCUGCCGACGACUGCUUCCACGUGGGCAAGGUGGCCUAUGACACGGGUGACUAUUAUCACUCCAUCGCGUGGCUGGAGGAGGCCGUCGGCCUUUUCCGCCUCUCCUACGGCAGCUGGAACCCGGAGGACCGGAGCAGCCUGGAGGAUGCUCUGGACCAUCUCGCCUUCUCCUACUUCAUGGCUGGAAACGUCUCCCAUGCCUUGAGCCUCUCCAGGGAGCUUCUCCAUUAUGACCCCAGUAACCGAAGAGUGUUGAGGAACGUGGUCAAGUACGAGGAGCUGCUGGAGAAAGGGACAGUGACAAGCGCUGAGCCCCUGCGGCGUCCCAAUGGCACCCAUCUACAGAGCCGUGAUGCUUACGAGGAGCUGUGUCAGCGCCCGAGGGGGCAGUCAGGCCCAGAGCAUCUCCCACACCUCGUCUGCUCCUAUGAGACCAACGGCAGCCCCUACCUCCUGCUCCAGCCUGCCAAGAAGGAGAUGGUCCAGACCCAACCCUAUGUGGCUUUGUACCAUGAUUUCAUCAGCGACGCCGAGGCUGAGACCAUCAAGGGGCUGGCUGGGCCCUGGCUGCAGAGGUCCGUGGUCGCCUCUGGGGAGAAGCAGCAGAAAGCCGAGUACCGGAUAAGCAAGAGCGCUUGGCUGAAGGACACGGCUGACCCGGUGGUGCGGGCGCUGGAGCAGCGCAUCGGUGCUGUCACCGGCCUGGACCUGAGGCCACCCUACGCCGAGUACCUGCAGGUGGUCAACUAUGGGCUGGGAGGCCACUACGAGCCACACUUCGACCAUGCUACGGCCAAGCCGCAUCCACACAGGACUGACCAUUCCCAUGGGAAUGACCACCCCACCUCCUCACUCUCGGGGCAGUCCAGGAAGAGCCCCCUUUACAGGAUGAAGUCGGGCAACAGGAUCGCCACGGUCAUGAUCUACCUGAGCGCAGUGGAAGCUGGUGGCUCCACCGCCUUCAUCUCCGCUAACUUCAGCGUGCCCGUGGUCAAGAACGCGGCUCUCUUCUGGUGGAACCUGCGUCGGAACGGGGCUGGGGCCGGGGACACGCUGCACGCUGCCUGCCCCGUGCUGGCCGGGGACAAAUGGGUGGCCAAUAAGUGGAUCCAUGAGUACGGGCAGGAAUUCCGGAGGCCGUGCAGCGCUGACCCACAAGAAUGAGUCGCUGUGGGCGCAUGGAUGUGGCACCCAUGGGUGCAUCCAUGAGCUGCAUCCAAAGGGGUGGCAGUGGCAUUGGGUGCUAUUGGGGGUGGUGGUGCUUGCUCGACCAGGGCCAAAUCUGGUGGAAAUAAAGACAAUAAAGUGGAGUCUGGAGGGAAUAUUCCAGUGUGGUAUCCCAUGGGAUGAUGUGGGGGGUGUAAAUGUCUGUGUCCCCCCUCACCUGAUUCCAGCCUGGAUCCUAAAUGUACCCUCAAGCUCCCUCCUCCAGCCCUAGAUGGAAAGGGCUAACAGGGCUGGUGGUGACAGGGCAUUCCAAUGGACAUCAGUAGGCUUCAGAGUGAACACAGCGGCCACAGGGAACCAGAGCAAAGAGGAUUCACUCUCCUUCCUCCACUAAACCUGCUGCAGCGCCUGGACCUGACUGUGUAGCUCCACGCUCCUCUUCCAUCCCAGCAACAGCACAGGGGCCCCUUUCUCUGCAUCCCAAAGGGGUUUGGGAUUUCUCCUUCACAAGGCAGCGGCUGUAAGAGGGGAUUUGGGGAGGGAGAAGGAAGCUGCUGCCUUCCAGCUGCCCAUGUGUGGAUCACGCU